GUGCAGGGAGAAGGCUGUCCCCGGGGGCUUCCAGAUGGACUCUGGAACUGAAGGCUCAGAGCCCCGCAGCUCCUCCGUGCGACACCCCACUGACCGGCCGCCCUGCCAGCAGAACUCGUUCCCAGAAAGCGGCUCGGAUGUGGAGGAGAAAGCACUGGAAGGGAAAGAGGAGACGUUACUGUCGCCGUUGAGAGAGAGCCGCACCCAAAGGCGAGGGUCAGAGCCCAAGACAGAGGAGGAGGAUCCCAGGGAAAGUGAGCCCAAAAGGGACAGCUGCAUUUCCGGAUCAGGUGAGAGCUGGUUUUGCUGGGGAGGGGGCACAGGACGUGGGGCGGCUCAGUCUCCCCGGUCAGGGAACUGGAGCUCGGGGGCACCCUCGCACAUCCUGGGCUCUAGGAAGAGCUGGGAACCUGGUCUUGGCUGCCAGCCCCGGUCCUCGCGUGUGCAGGACGGAUUAGGGCCGCGAGGGUGUCGGCCCGAGGCGGUCACCAAACCUCUGGCCUUGUCCACAGAAUCGGAAGGCUGCUCCAGUUGGGAGGGCUCCGGCAAGAGGAAAGUCACUUCCAGCGACAGCACCUGCCCCCCAGCAGCAGGUAGGAUCUUGCUUUGGGGCGGAGGUGCGCGGAGAGGAAGGGGGUGGGGUCCCCGGGAAUCCAGCUGGCGGGGCGCUCGGCCACGUGCUGCCUCCGCAGGGCCCUCUCCAGCAGGUGAGCGCAGUGUGACUCCGGGAAAGAGGAAACGGACGACGCCGGACUCGGGCCAGGGCAGCGAGAGCGAGGAGACCGCGGGUGCCCAGCGCAGGAGACGCGGGGCGCGGGGCGCCGGGCGCGGCCGACGGAGCAGGUGCAGGUCCCCGGGAGACCGGCCGCCCCCACUUCGGAAGAGGCUGGUGACCGCCGUGCGCGCCCUGUCUGAGGCCGUCCGUCAGGACGUGGCUGGGGCGUGGGAGCAGCGGGAGCGUUCCCCGCUGACCUGGGAGCAGCGCUCGGGGCUCGGGCGGCUCUGGGCGCCUCUGUGCGCGGCCUUGCAGACCGUCUACACCAUGGCCAACCAGGCGGCCUACGUCUUCCCUGCAGAGAGCUGGCUCGUCCCAGCCCCGCCGCCGGGCCCCCGGGCUCCAGCUGGGGAUACAGGAGAAGCCCGGGGCUCCCCCCGCGAGGGACACGGGGCCUCCCCUCCGCGGGCCGGGAGCGAGGCCGCCCGGACUCCGUCAGGCGCCCGCGCUGCCGCAGAGCUGCGCGCGCAGCCCGCGGGGUGA